UUCAAACCUUUUCUGUCUUCGAAAAAGUAACCGCUAAAAGGAGGAGAGGAGUCCCAGAAAUUCCACCAAACCCUCCUCCAAAAACCCUCCCAAGAUCUCAAUCAACCGAGCUCCCAAUCCAUUUCCAUGGAGGAAAUCGCCGCCGAAUUGAAUGAUCGCCCGGACCCCGUCGAGACGUACAUGAGGCUCGACCGCUGGCCGUCCCCUCCCGACGACGCUGGCGGCGGCGAGAUUUUCCUCGUGGGUUUCGUGAUUGUCAACGUCGUCGGCCUGCGCCAUUACCAGGGCACAAUCAGUAGCCACGAAUUGGUCGGUCUGGUCCGGGAGGAUACGAAUCCCUUCGACGGGAACGCCAUCAGAGUUAUGAACAUGCGGUCGGUUCAGGUCGGUCACAUUGAGCGCUCCGCCGCUGCGGUACUUUCCCCUUUGAUCGACGCUGGUUUGAUCACAGUCGAAGGAAUUGUGCCAAAGCCACCUGGUAAGAAAUACGCUUUCAGAAUCCCCUGCCAGGUUCACAUUUUCUCAAGAAUGGAGGAUAUUGAUAGAGUCAAAUCAGCUAUCAAUGUCAGUAUGUUGCAUUUAAUUUCGGAAGCCAAUCCAUCAUUUACAUUGUCGGAGGCGGUGGCAGUGAAAGAGAAGAAAGGCGUUCCAGCUGAGAAGAGUGUGGAUGAGAUAUUUAAACUAUUGGAAGCAAAAGUAAGCAUGGAAGGAGUGUCGGAGGAAUUGGAUCCCCCUCAAGACAUUAUUAAAUCAAAGCUUUUCCCAUAUCAAAAGGAAGGGUUGGGAUGGUUAGUCAGUAGGGAGAAUUCGACUGAACUACCACCUUUUUGGGUUGAGAAAAAUGGUUUUUAUGUGAAUGAGCUGACUAAUUACCAAACGGGCGUAAGACCAGAGCCAUUGCGAGGGGGUAUUUUCGCGGAUGAUAUGGGAUUGGGUAAAACACUUACCCUGCUGUCAUUGAUUGCCUUUGAUAAAUGGAUCCAUACUGGACAUCAAUCAUGCAAUGGAGAUGUUAAAAAUAACGACGAAGAAGAGGAAAGUAUCGCACUAUUUGGAAGAAAGAGAAAAAGGAAGAGAGGUAGUCAAAAGACGAAGUCUGAAGAUCUUAACAACACUCAAGAUGCAGGCAAAAGGCCCGCUCUUGAUGAGUUAUCGUCUUCUGAGCCCAAAACAACGCUGAUUGUUUGCCCGCCUUCCGUUCUUUCGACAUGGAUAACGCAAUUGGAGCAACACACAAGAAAGGGUAGUCUUAAGGCUUACAUGUACUACGGUGAGCGGACUAAAGAUGCAAAUGAACUUCAGAGAUAUGAUAUAGUAUUGACCACCUAUUCAACGCUUGGGUCUGAUGAGACUAUAUUCCGAUCUCCAAUUAAUAAAAUUGAGUGGAGGCGAGUUAUACUGGACGAGGCUCACGUGAUCAAGAAUGUGGAAGCUAAACAGAGUCAAGCAGUUCUUGCACUGAAUGCAAAGCGGAGAUGGGCUGUUACAGGGACACCUGUGCAAAAUAGUUCCUGUGAUUUGUAUUCACUAGUGGCGUUUCUUAAGUUUGAGCCUCUCUCGUUGAAAAAGUUUUGGGAUAGUUUGAUAGAGCGCCCCCUUGUUCGUGGAGAUGAGAAGGGUAUCUCCCGGUUGCAGGUGCUAAUCGCAGCAAUCUCAUUACGGAGAAUGAAAGACAAAGGACUGAUUGGAUUGCCAUCUAAAACCAUAGAGACCUUAUUCGUUGACCUAAAUGAAGAAGAGCGCAGGGUGUAUGAUCAGAUGGAAGUACAGGCCAGGGAUAUUGUCGAGAGCUAUGUUUCCAAUGAAGGAGUGGUGAGGAACUAUUAUACAGUUCUUAGUGUCCUUGUGAGGCUUCGUCAAAUUUGCAACGAUCUUUCCUUAUGCCCAGCAGAAAUCAGAGAUCUUCUUCCUCCAAGCCAAAUCGAAGAUGUGAAGAACAACCCAUCUUUGUUGAAGAAAUUGCUCGCAAUGUUACAAGAUGAUGAAGGAUUUGACUGCCCGAUUUGCAUAUCUCCGCCUACGGACAUUGUCAUUACAUGCUGUGCUCAUAUUUUCUGCAGAUCGUGCAUUCUCAAGACACUGAAACGGAGCAAGCCAUGCUGCCCAAUGUGCCGCCAUCAACUAUCUGAAUCUGACCUCUUCCAAGCUCCUCCAGACUCUUCUCAGACAGCUCCUGUCGAAGCCUCGUCCCUAAAAUCAUCUUCCAAAGUAGCCACUCUCCUAAAACUUCUGUCUGCAGCCAAAGCCAAAAACCCGUCUUCCAAGUCGGUUAUCUUCUCCCAAUUUCGUAAAAUGCUGAUCUUGCUCGAAGAGCCUCUGAAACAAGCGGGGUUCAAAGUGAUCCGCCUGGAUGGGACAAUGAACGCGAAAAGGAGGGCAAACGUGAUCAAAGAGUUUUGCGUCCCGGCGCCUGAUGGACCGACGAUCUUGCUGGCAAGCCUAAAGGCUUCGAAUGCAGGGGUGAAUCUGACGGCAGCCUCGACAGUGUACCUGAUGGAGCCGUGGUGGAAUCCGGCGGUGGAGGAACAGGCGAUGGACCGGGUGCAUCGAAUCGGGCAGAAGGAGGAUGUGAAAGUGGUGAGGCUGAUAGCCAGAAAUACAAUUGAAGAGAGGAUCAUGCAGCUGCAGGAGAAGAAGAAACUUCUGGCAAGAAAAGCUUUUAGUAGAUAUGGACAGAAAGAUAAGAGAGAGAUUAGUAGAGAUGAUCUCAGUAUGUUGAUGAACUUGUGAACUUAUAUUCUCUCUAAAGUCUCACCUUUAUGGUGUAAAUCAUCAACAUCAUGUCUUAAACUUUGAAAUCUUUUGAUUCUAUCAAAAUCUACAAUCUUUGUAGAUCA